UCUACCUACACCAUCAACUCAAGGAAGGAAUAAUACUCUACAUACCACACUACUGUGCACACCACGGCAGGAACACACAAGAACACACUACAUGCUGUGAUCAUUUUACGGUUGAAUUUAAUGCUACACAUCAUAUCUCCCAGCAUGCUCUCUGCUCCAAGAAACACCAUUCCUCAUUGGCCCUAACACACACACACACACACACGCAUACAUGCACAUGCACACACGCGCACGCACCACAUAAAGACAAACUGAACUGAUUCCCCACUCUCCUCAACAUGGCCCUUCGACCUUGAACUGGAGGUGACAUGGAGACGUGAAGACGUGAAGUUUGUUUCUGAUGACCUGACACAUCACCACAACCUUUGACACUUUAACUUCACCGGCUGCGUAGCCGAGCAGAGAGAUGUCGUCGAAGAUGUUCAGUAUGGCCCGAUAAAUCAUUCUACACAUCACCAACGUAGCCAAGUGGGUACAAUUCUGGUCUCCUAAAUCGGUGUGACUUUUCCCAUUUAACUUAAUUCAUUGUCCUUUUCUCCUAGUCUCCUAAAGGGGCAUGGCAUCUCAUAGACAUAUUGAUUGCUGUGAGCCGUGUCCUACUUAUCAAUCAUCUCUGAUGUCAUCUCAGGUGAGGGGCCUCCCUAUGACCCCUCACCCCUGAACCCUUGACCCCAGGGGUGGGAUCUAGAAGUCUCUCUACCUCCACUCAGUGAUAGGCUCGGCGAGUGAUCCGAGUAUCUUACUACUCUGUGCUGGGCCAGUCUGUGAUGAACCUCAACUCACAGAGAGACGGAAAGAUAGAGAGUGGGAGAUAGUAAUGAUCUCCUAACUGUCCUGUCACUACCUACAGUACUAAACACACUCUGCUGGGCCGUGAACUUCGAUUUCUACCUGACCUUUAACCCCAAAAACAGAGAGACAUGUCCUCCAAGGUGUUGUGCCUGUGUCUCCUCAAAGCUGUGUUGGACCAGUGCUCUGUGGUGAACUUUGAACCCUGACCUUUAGAGAGAUGGCGUCUUGUGGUACCUGACUGGCUCACUGUGAACAUUAACUGUGAACUUUAAGAGUGAUGACCUCCAAGUUCUCAUGUCAGUAUCUUCUAACAAACCUGUGCUAGGCCCUGUAGUGAACUCUGAACCCUACAGUACAUGACCCUUUGACCUUUGGAGAUAUGCCCUCUAAAGUCUCCUUUCUCUACCUGCUGAUGGUCCUGUGCUGUGGUACUCGAGUGACUCUCUGUGAACUCUGACCUUUAAGAUGAUCUCCAAGGUGUCAUGCCUGUACCUCCUGACUGUCCUGUGCUGGGCCAGCGCCCUGUGGUACCUGAGUGGCUCUCGCCCGCCCUCCUCCACGACCUACAGUGGCCACAUGUCCGCUGUCCGGCGCUCGCCGUCUCGAGGUCUGGCCGUCGUCGGGGGCAACCGCUCCAUAAUGCUGCAGACCAACGUUCGCACGCGGCACCUGAACCCGCACGCCUUCCAGUUCCUCAUCAACGAGCCCGACAAGUGCGACCCCUCCGUCACCGUAGCCCCCGGCAACCACACGCCGCCGUUCCUCGUCAUUCUCAUCAGCACCACGCACAAGGAGUUUGACGCUCGACAGGCGAUUCGGGAAACGUGGGGUGACGAGAGUGCGUGGGCUGGCGACGUUCGCAUCGUCACCCUCUUCCUCCUCGGCGUGCACACAGACCCCGUGCUCAACCAGAUGGUGGCGCAGGAGAGCACGGUGUUCCACGACAUCCUAGUGGAGGACUUCAUAGACUCCUACCACAACCUCACGCUCAAGACACUCAUGGGCAUGAGAUGGGUCGCCACUUACUGCUCGCAGGCUCGCUAUGUCAUGAAGACGGACAGUGACAUAUUCGUCAACAUGGACAACCUGAUCUACAGCCUCCUGCGUCCGGGCUCCAAGCCUCGUCGGCGCUACUUCACGGGCUACGUCAUAAACGGCUCUCCCAUACGGGACAUGCGGAGCAAGUGGUUCAUGCCGCGAGAGCUCUACCCCGAGUCCAAGUACCCUCCCUUCUGCUCGGGCACGGGCUACGUCUUCUCGGCCGACGUAGCAGAGCUCAUCUACCAGACCUCUCUGCACACGCGGCUCCUGCACCUGGAGGACGUGUACGUGGGGCUGUGUCUCCGCAAGCUGGCCAUCCACCCCUUCCAGAACAGCGGCUUCAACCACUGGAAGAUGGCCUACAGCCUGUGCCGUUACCGCCGCGUCAUCACCGUGCACCAGAUUCCGCCGGACGAGAUGCACCGAAUACACAGCGAUAUGACCGCCAAGAAGCAGCUGAAGUGCUAGCACUCACCGUGAUAACAUACCUGGACUUAUGCAAUAUGUUAGGUGGACUAUUCUAGACUGGCCAUCAAGAGGCGGCUCAAGGGCUAGCUGGACUAAGGCAACUAAACGUCAUGACCAGACACUGCUCCUUGGACUUACCUAGACUGACCAGCAAGAAGCCGCUUAAGUGGUAGCACAGGCACAGAUGGUCUUAGCAGUCGUCCUGCUAGCACAGUUGGCCCUGACACUCAUAACACUAGUUGUACUUGGCUAUAUAACCAGCUGGAUAUGGUGAUACAAUAGCUGGACUUGGCCAAAUUAACAGCAAUAAACUUAAAAAGUACUAGCUGUACUACGGCAACAAAACAGCUUGACCAGACACUGCUGGCUGGUCUCAACUAGACUAACCAACAAGAGGCAUUUGAAGUGCUAGUUCAGCUGGACUUAGCAUUUACAAUGCUAGCUGCAUGACCAGCAAGAUGUGGCUCAAGUCCUAGCUGGAAUUAAUGAUAGCAGAAUGCAUAUAAAGUUCUAGCUGGACUUGAUUAUUUAUUAUCUCGAAUAUAUAACCAGCAGAAGCACCUAAACUGCUAUCUCACUUUAUGAAGUGGCAAGCACACAUAAUGCUGGUUGGACUUAGCCAGCUAAGGUGAAGCUGCCAGCCAGCCAGGCAACAUGGCCAGCCUGAGUAUUAUCCACUCUCUCUGGCCUGAAGCACCAGUUAACAGCAGAAAGCACACAAUGCUAAAUAAACAGUAAAAGGCACCUCCUGUGUUAGCGGUGAUGGGUUCCAUCAUGCUGGCUGGAUUUAGCGACCCAAACGAAAUGACCAGCAACCAUAGAUAGAGAACAGUCUUUUGGCAUGGCAAGUUUAGUCAGUCUUUUGGCAUGGCAAGCAUUGGGUGCUGCCAUCUUGGCUUGAUAAAAUGAAGAUGUUCACUACCAGACAGGGGUAGUCAUAGCAACAUUUUGUGUUCUAUAACAAUGACCAGCAACAACAAGCACCACGUGAGACACCUGCAGAGAACUGGCGCCAUGGCAAGGAUGAGCUGGAGUGAGAGGCUGCAGAAUGGACUGAGCCAUGCCGGGCUACACUGUUCGAAUUUGGAGUCGCUUUAGUGUAUCCAAGAAACUGGACAAUGGCAGAACCAAAUCCCUGAUUGAAAUAGAACAGACUUUAUGCCCAGAUUAAAACGGGACCCAAGAAUCCAGAUGAGGCCGGGCUGCAGGCUGUCUAACUGAGUAUGCCAAGACUCAGUACUCAUUGUCAAGCUCAAUGUGAACUUCAUGCUAAGUGUUCGGGGAGACUUCUGCUCAGAGGGUCCACGGACAAACAGCGGACUAUGUCACUUACUGUAACAGAUAUUACAUCAUAUCCUGUAUCUGACAUCCUAUUCCACACAUCAUAUCCUGUGUAGAGACCCUAAGGCACGGUCCUCCCGCUAGACCACAUGGGACCUUAGCGCUGAUCUCUGAAACAUUAGAGAUCAGUGCUUAGGUCAAGUGUGUGUGACCGUAAGGGGCGUGGCUUAUGCUCUCUAUCUGAUAUCAGCUUGAGUCACAUGCUGGAUUCAACUCCGUGCACCUGUGUUUAUUACACCCGCUCCCUUAAAACACAUGAGAUUACAUCACAUCCUGUACAUGAGAUUAUGCCAUUUCCUGUGUCUGUGAUUAUGUGUCUUCAAGAAUUUUAUUUGCUGCCCACCGCCAGUCAAACUGAAUGAGCUGUAUGAGUAAACAGCAGCAACACAACACAGCUUUCACGACACAUGUACACAUAAAAGCACCCAGCAACAAAGCCUUUAGACAAAUGCGCAAACAUGCUUAAAUCUCACAGGC